AUGACUCGCUUGGCAGAGGACAGAACGCACUGUGGACGAGCCGGGGUCUAUGUCUGGUCCGUGCGUGAUGGUUUUGUUUUGCGCGGAGAAAAGCGGCGUGACGAAGAUAAUCUUAAGGGAGAAGCCGACAAACUAGUCCGAGAUAUGUAUGGAUUUAUCAACACCUGUCUGAAAUCGCUGGUAGUUGAAAAGUUUGGCGAGGAGACGUGGGCCAAGCUCAGGGAUGGAGCUGGAGUCCAGGAUAGCUUCCUGACAUAUGAAGUCUAUAAAGAUGAAAUCACCAUGCACCUAGUAGCAGAAGCCUGCAAGCUUUUAGGAGUGAAGCCCGAGGUUGUUUUGAGGCAGUUCGGAGAACAUUUCUUUGAAUUCUGCAAGCGCUCUGGCUACGAUCACAUGCUGCGGACUUUAGGAGGAAAUCUCUUCGAGUUCACCGAGAAUCUGGAUGCACUUCACAGCUACCUCUCCCUCUCCUACAAGGAGAUGAACGCGCCAUCAUUUCGGGUGGAGAGAAGUCCUGAUGGCACCAUGCUUCUCCAUUAUUACUCAGAUCGCAAAGGGCUCUGCCACAUUGUCCCUGGUAUCAUUGGAGCUGUUGCUAAAGAUUUUUUCAACAGUGAGAUAACAAUGGAGAUUGUCAACCAGCUCGAGGAGCAGGAGACGGCUGGGACGAAGGAGCAUGUGGUUUUCCUGGUCACACCUGCGGCUGCUGCUCGGUCCAGUGUGGUCAGCGGCAGACUCCUGAAAGGCUUUGAACCAGUUUAUCCUACAACCCUUAACAUUGAUCUGAAGACUUUCUGCCAUGCUUUCCCUUUCCACAUAGUCUUUGAUGAGCAGCUGGUAGUGCACCAGGCUGGAGUGAACCUCCAGAAGAUUGUUCCUGGGCUCCAGACUAUGAGAAUACAUCUAGACCAGUACUUCAGCAUCGUGCAUCCUGAAGUGACCUUCACCAUCUCCAGCAUCCGGAAGUUCAUCAACAGCCACUUUGUCCUGCAGACGCGCAGGGACAUGAUGCCUGAGGCGUGGAAGGACAGGCCUAUGUUACAACUCAGAGGUCAGAUGAUCUGGAUGCCCUCUCUGGACUAUAUGCUCUAUCAAGCCUCCCCUCUCCUGAGAAGCCUUCAAGAGCUGGAGGAGAGAGACAUGCACAUUUCUGACAUCGCACCCCACGACGUCACCCGCGACCUCAUUCUGCUCAAUCAGCAGCGGCUGGCUGAAAUCGAGCUGUCCAACCAGUUGGAGAGAAAGAAGGAGGAGCUCCGCCUCCUGUCCCAGCACCUGGAAGAGGAGAAGCAGAAGACGGAGAAUUUGCUGUACGCCAUGCUGCCCAAGCAUGUGGCCAACCGGCUGAAAGAGGGCAAAACGGUAGAAGCAGGAGAAUUUAAGGAGUGCACGAUACUGUUCAGUGAUGUGGUUACCUUCACCAAUAUCUGCUCCCUGUGUGAACCCAUUCAAAUCGUCCUCAUGCUUAACUCCAUGUACCUGCGCUUUGACAGACUCACCACUGUGCACAACGUCUACAAGGUUGAGACCAUAGGAGAUGCCUAUAUGGUGGUAGGUGGGGUUCCCAUACCUGUCUCCAGCCACGCUGAAAGGGUGGCCAACUUUGCCUUGGGCAUGAUUAUGGCUGCCCGGGACGUUAUUAACCCUGUGACAGGAGGACCCAUUCAGAUUCGCGUGGGCCUCCAUAGCGGUCCUGUACUGGCGGGUGUGGUUGGGGAGAAGAUGCCGCGCUACUGCCUUUUUGGAGACACCGUUAACACCGCCUCCCGCAUGGAGAGCCACGGCCUCCCCAGCAAGAUCCAUUUAAGUGAAAGCGUCUACAAGGCUCUGAGCAAUAAAUGCUUUGUUAUCCAGAAGCGAGGAGAGAUAGAGGUGAAGGGGAAGGGCAGGAUGACCACUUACUUUCUCGAAAGGAACACGGCAGUCAGCGAGCAGCAGAUUAUGGGCCUCAGAGAUGGACCGGACGACAGUCAGAGGAGCUGCCAGCCAGGACUCCACAGAGCAGAUUUUCAGAGGCCACACAGGGACGAGCCUCCCUUGGUCCCUAUGAACUACAGAGACAGCCUGAGCGAGCCGCUGCCACCAUCGCACGCGUCCCAUCACCAGACCUGCCCGCCGCCAAUCAAGCCCUGCGACUCAGAGAGCUACGGAAGCCUGCACACCGACAACCAGUCGGAGGAAGGAGCUUUGGACCAGCUGAGAGAUGCACAUGAAUUUGGCCGAACAGAUGCCAAGGAAGGACUAGGUGUGCGUAUCGCUCAGAAACGACACCUCGGGUUAGGAGAGGAGUCCAGACAUCUGAUCCUCACUGCAGAGGGGCCCCCGUGCCUCAUCGUCAUUGACCGGGCCUGGAUUGCCAUGGCCAGAUGA